CACUUGACAGCAGUUGGAGCGUUAGUUGAGUCCUGCCCCUGUGUGACAAGCGCUUCCUCUUUCCUUUUAACCACAUGCUGACAGCACACGACACAGCAGCACUGAACACAGCUGCUAAACGGAUACAUCGUAGGCACAUCCCCUUUACACCCUGCUGAGUUUUAAACCUCCACACUUUUUCAACUUUUUCUCACCAGACUUUUAAAACAGAGAGACUCGAGAGGAGAAACUUCGGAUCCCUCCGAUGAAUAAUGUCAACGUGGGAAAAAGGGUGGAUCAAUUUCAGAUUUCCCAGGCUUAAUGAAUAGAUGGUGUGACUAAGUACUUACUGUACACUGAAGUGAUUUCAACUAUUUUCAAAAUCAACCACUGAGGGUGUGUCUGCUUCAACAUUACUACUACGGCAUGCGGGAUGGGCCAAACUCGCUCAGAUCUCUCGCAUACCACCGCCACCCCAGUCAGAGCGAAAUGGAAAGCAGGCGAAACAGCCAAGCGACUCCGUAUCCGCACAUUUAGGAGCGGAGAGAAGCGACGCGGAGAACAGAUAAACAGGAAUCCGAUGAAAAAUAAAGUGCUGUCGUGUUUGGGAAGGAGAAAGCGAGACUCCAGUCAGACAGAAGCGGAUUUUGGUUGCGGAAACGGAGCUGGAGAUCCAGCAACGCGCCGCGAUCACAGAGUAGGAAAGUUGCCGAGGGACGAGGUUACCUCGGUGGUCGGGGAACAACGAGCAUCCCCCAGUUGCUUUGAGACACAGUUCGGCCUAGAUGAAAGCAUCCAACACGCCGUGAACCGAGAGGCACCGUCUGGCUCAUCUGAUGCGUCCGGUUUGGAAACACGCAGCGGUGAAGCCAGCGGUGCGGGCUGUGAGGAGCCGAAAUCCGGACGAGAGGACAAUGCCUCGAACCCCCCAGCUAGGGCCAUGGAAGACCAGCCACCGGGGGGGACCAAGCAGGACCGUGUUGUGUGUGAAGUUAGGGAAUUAACAGGGACAAGUGUGAGUGCUGCACCGCUGCUCACCUCUGACCCGGUCACUCGGAUUAGCCCCGAUCAACCUCUGGAUAGUGGACCGUUGUUAAAAGCCGAGCACGCGGAGGAUAAAAUGACCAAAACUGAGAGUUUUACAGUUUCAUGCUCCCCGAAAGAGGCCGGGGACCACACUAACUAUGGACCGGUUGAAACUGAGAGUCGAAAUGACUCUGAACACCCCCAUCAAGCCCCCCCAGGGAUAGGCCAAAGUUUUUCCGGAACCAUUCCGAAGCUGAUCAUAACAAGAGACCCCAGUCCGACCCGGUCUCUGGAGACACCGGCCCCGCUGAGCGUCCGGACCGAGCUUAGCACCGGCUCGUGCCUGGAGCUUCACCCGGAGGACGAGUCCCCCUGCUCGGACAGCGGCUGUGGAGGAUCCCCCGCGCUGAUGCGAUCCCCGAGGAAGCUGUCCAAUUCCUCUUCCAUCGGCCUGUCUUCAGCCUCGUCCUUCGAGGAAUCCGAGGACGACUACACUGGGAGCGACAUUGAGUCCAGUCUGUCACCGGCCCGGUCUCUGUGUAGUCCGGAUGACGGGACAGUGAAUAAGUCCUGGCAGAAAUUGAAGACCAUGGUUCACUGGUCCCCCUUCGUUGUGUCCUUCAAGAAGCGCUACCCAUGGGUGCAGCUAGCCGGUCAUGCAGGUAACUUCCAGGCUGGAGAGUACGGCCGCUUGUUAAAGAAAUACUGUGAGUGUGAGCAGCAGUGCCUGCAGAAGCUGAUGAAGGACACCCUGCGUCCUUACGUGCCUGGUUAUUAUGGUGUAGUACAGAGAGACGAGCAGGACUACAAUCUGAUGGAUGACCUGCUGGCUGACUUUGACUCACCCUCCAUCAUGGACUGUAAGAUGGGCAGCAGGACGUACUUGGAGGAGGAGCUGAUAAAAGCCAGAGAGCGACCACGUCUGCGGAAGGACAUGUACGAGAAGAUGGUGGCAGUGGACCCCGGGGCCCCCACCGAACAGGAGAAGGCCCAGCAGGGAGUCCUUAAACCCAGAUACAUGCAGUGGCGGGAGACACUCAGCUCCACAGCCACCAUGGGCUUCCGCAUUGAAGGCAUUAAGAAAUCUGAUGGGACUUGUAACACCAACUUUAAGAAGACAAAGCACAGGGAGCAGGUGAUGCAGGCCUUGGAGGACUUUGUUGGCGGCAACACUCAGAUUCUGAAACUGUACCUGCAGCGUCUGGAGGAGCUCCGAUCUGUUCUGGAGCAGUCACACUUCUUCAGGUCACACGAGGUUGUGGGUAGCUCUCUGCUAUUCGUGCACGACGCCUCCGGGAAGGCCAGAGUGUGGAUGAUCGACUUCGGGAAGACGGUUCCCCUGCCGGCACCUCGGACCCUGGACCACAGGACGCCCUGGGUAGAAGGGAACAGGGAGGAUGGCUACCUAUGGGGACUGGACAACCUCAUAGACAUCCUCAGCAGUAUGCUCCCACAGACACCUUGAGUAGAGGGGAGACUGCAGUGAAGCUUUUAUCUAACUCUACAUGGUAAAGGGUUUGAAGGAGAAAAGGAUAGAAAACUGAGUUACCAGUAUGAUGACUUUUCUUAUGACCUAAGCCAAGAUCCAAGUGUCUUUAUCAAGCUAAACUUUUUCAAGAAGUUGAUGAACUCAGGCGGGCGCAGGACUUCUGAUGCAAAGUGGAAUAUGCCAAAGGCCAGCAUACUCUCUUUAGGGGACUUUGUUGGACGGAAAAGUAAAGAGGAAGAAUUUAUAGCCUGGAAGUAAUCUUUGUCAUGGACUGGGAGAGAGAAUACAGUCCUUUGAACAUUUUCCUGAGCAGAAAUUUAAAUCUGCUCUUCUUCCUUCAGCACCCCCUCUGCUGGUGAAAGUUGGACAUAGCACUCUGAACUUGAUCAAGUGGUGUGAAGCAUUUUCUCAUACCUCUCGAGGAGCAUUCAGGAAUGGGAGUCUUCUUUUUCUCAUGGACCAAUUUUGAUGUUUAACUAUUGAUUAACACUAAAACACGGGUCAGACCACGUGUUAACUAACUUGGUGUGUACAUACAUUUUAAUUUAAUUUUUUUGCCUUGGUUUAACCUCCUUACCUUGUUUGUACUAUUUUCUGUGCCUACAGCUGUUUGAUCAUUCCAGUGCAGUGGACUCCUGCUAUUUUUCUCCCAAAGAGUUCGCCCAAGUGUAAACUGAUUUAAUCCCAAAGUUUAACUUUGUGCAGGUUUUCUGGAUUUGGAUUUUUGUAUGAUGACAAUGCAGUGAAAUUUCCCCCCUGUCCCUUAACUGUAAAGCAUGCAGCUUGGCAGCCAUGUUUGUCUGGAACAUUUGUUGCACUAUGGAGCCUCACAAAGCCAUUGAACAAAUCAAGCAGUGCCUCUGUGAUUGUUUGGAUGGGAAGCAGCAGUGGAACGCUGGGUUUACAGAUGCUGAAAUUCACAAGUUUGACCUGAACUUAAUUUUGGUGUUAUCACUUUACCCUCUCUAAUCAGUGUUGCUUUUGAUUUUCAAGGUUUUGCAGUGACGUAGUGAUGUAAAGGGGGACAUUGACUGGAUUUACAUGAUUAAACUGAUCAGUCUGUAAAGGCUGUCGUGAGGUUUGAAUCAUGUAAAAACGUGAAACUGGAAUUUUUUUGUUAUGAUUGAAUGGAUGAGAAAAUCAAACACAAGAAAAACACAACUUAGUUCCACUAAAAUGCAGAUUUGUGGGAUGAAAUGUUUGUGUGCAAGUUGGAGUUUACAAUAACUAUGAUCGCUUUAUUUAGAUAUUAAGUCAGAGCUUCAUAUCUGUCGUUCUUUGGCUGGUAUGCGUCAGACCAGUGAGAACAUCAGUCUCUAGUCUUCCAGAUAACCUCUGUCAGUGUCAGGCAGCGCUGUGUGGGAGUUGAGGUGUUCAAUCAGUCAGAAGAUGUUCAUUUUCUACAUGAUUCAAAUAUCUGACUACAUAAAAUUGGAAUUCUAAUUCUGGCAUUUUUUUUCAUUCCUGAAAGAAAAAGGAAACCACAAAGAGAGGGGUAAUAAAGUGUUUACAAAGUAUAAUUAUUUGCCCACAAAUCUUCUUUAUUUGUAAAACUGUCAGGUUUCAAGUUGGGUGCUGCUUCGUGAGUAGAAGAAGAAAAAACUGGACUUAAACCCACGUUUUGUGUUUUUAAAAGGCAGUGUAUUUAAAGUCACAAAACGUGCUGAAAGCUGAUUCAUUCCUAGGUCAUGGAUUGCAAUAAACUGGAAAUAAGAAUAUA